GCUAGCGUCGUCCCCCAAAUAGAACGCGCGGUCAUGAUCGCCGCAUCUAGACGAGAAGUUGGUGCAAAUACGCUUAUAAUGACCGUGGGUUGUAUUCGGGGAACGGGAGGAGGUGGGGUAGAGCUUCCCUCCAGGUAAUCGACGGCAGACGGUAAGGGCGCGACUUGAGCGGACAAUGGAGAGGGUUAUCGAACUUGCCGAGAGCGGGGAGGGUCCCGGAGGGAUGGACGGUAGCGCCGGUGGUAAGAUCCAGGGGCGGGCGGAUGGGCGGUUGGACGCGCGGCGGCGCGAUGGGGGGCUAAAAAACUUGCAGGAAUGAGCAGGAACUGGAACGGGAGAGAGAGCAGCAGGUGCGCGAAGAGAGGAGGUGGAGGAAGAAGAGGGGGAGGGGGACGAGGAGAACGGUAACGACAAGGAGGGAGAGUGGGAUGGGAGGAGGGGAUGUUGCUGUCAUUGUCACGCGACCAGUCUGCAUGUCCGCGCUGCGUCCGCGAGUACGACGAGCAAUCUAGCCAAGAGUGCCGCGACCGAUGGGCGGAUCGAAAGACGUGGCCGUCUGUCGAUAGCUGCCGGCAUGCUGUUGCAGGGAGAGCAGGCGGAGGUGGGAGACGACGGACGAGUAGCUCAAGGAGGAGGAGGAGGCUGAGGGAGGAGGAGGCGGAUCAGAACCUGCGUUCUGGAGAGAAGUGGGAUCUUUCUAAUAAUAGAUCUUUGGCGAUAAGCCCUCGACACACGACCCUUCCUCCUGCCAUUUUCUGUUUCUUUUCCGGCUCGAGUCUACCUCUUUUUCCCCUACCCUCUCUCUCUCUCUCUCACACACACACACACACACACACACAUACACAUCUACUGCACACAAACCUCCAUCCUCUCGCACUCGCCUUAGCCGCCGGGCCAAGGGCAAUCAAUCUCCAGUCCAAUCCUCUGCUUCUCCCAGGAGAGAGCGAGCAGAGGAUGAACUGCCGUCCCCCAAGCUAUCAUGCUGGGCAAGGAAAGCAGCAAAAAUGCGGCUCUGCAAAGCCGCCGCCUGAGAUUGCGUUGCCUGAUGCCUCUCUCUUAGCAUCCGCCCGCUGCCGUUGAUUGAAACCGUAAGGGAACAUAAGUGCUUGCCGCGGUUGUUCUGAUCAGUCAAUUGAACGGAAUGGAACUCUGUGGAACUGAAUGCACCUGAAUGGAACUGAAUGGAACUGAGUGGAACUGACUGGGACGGCUUCCGGGAGUGGAAGGAGAAGGGACUCGGGAGGAGGGGCAGGAGUUGAUUGCAUUUUGAAGUAGAAGCAAAAAAAGGAGAGAGAGGAGUUGAUUACUUUCGAAAUAGAAACGAAGAAGGAGUUUAAUAAAAUCUUGAGGAAGAGGAAGAGGAGAGGAGGAAGAGCAGGAGGAGUAAAUACCUUUAGAUGUU